GCGCAACCGCGUCGCUCUCAGCCGUGCCCGCUCUUAAUUUCCACUUCGUCAAGUGCUGCUCCCCGCCCCGGCCCCACUUCCGUUAUUAGGGCCGUGGUACAGGGUAAUGUUAGACGUGCCUUCCGCUCCCCAUUCACUUACGGGCCAAUCUGAGCCUGAGAGUCCAGCCUUUCCCCUCAGAAAGAUGUGUGGUCGCUGGCUUUCUGAGAUGGUACUGAAGUUUCAGAUACGCAGGUUUCACUCUGCUGCAGAAAGGACGUUUUUAGCCCAUGGUUAGACGUCCCAACAGAAGGAUCAAGUUCAAAUUGACAAAUUUUAAAAGGCAGGAAAAAAAACAAAAGGAAAAGGAAAACAAUAAAUUCAGCUACCUUUUUAUAUUGGUCAAAUGCCAUAAACUGAAUAGCGCCGUACGGAAAGAUUCUAAUCAUCAUCGCCCCAUUUCCUUUAUACAGCCCAAGAACACAGCGAGAUCCACAAGCUCCACAGUGCAAAGGUAGAAAAACACACAGGGAGGACUCUGAUGAACUGAACCAUCGUGUCUCUGCACUUACAGAGUUGACAUUGUAUGAGCACAGAAGGCAGCAAUGGGAGUAUGCAGUUUUCUACCGAAGAGGUCUCUCAAGAGCUCAUGAUUUUUUUCCAUCUCUCCUCUUAACAUUCCUCCUGCUCCGCAAACAUGGCUCACCAUGCGAGGCCUUCCAGAUCAGCCAAAAAAGAAGAGUUGGGCAAAAGGAAAACUAACCAGAGCAAAAAGAAAUCUAGCCAAGUGAGAAAGAAAACCACAAAGGCUUCCACAAAAGCUGUUAGUUCUGGAAAAGGUAAAAAGCCAGUGCAAGAAAAAGAUGUUAAGAAAAAACAGCAAGAAAAGAAACCAAUCAUGAGCUCUUCAGGCAGGCUUCUCAGGAGCAGUGUAACCAGAACCUUGUCUGGAGCAUCCUGGGUGAGUUUGGAGAAAGCUGACAAUAUCCUUUUUCACAACCAGGAUUCUUUCAGCAUCAAUGGCUUUACAAUGGCUCUCCGUAACCGCUCCUUCUCCAGAAGAUUGUCCCAAACUCCAGUAAUUGCAAAGCCCAGGAAAGCUGCAGCACAAAAAAAGCUAGAAACAAAGGAAAAACAUGAACAAGAAGCCCUGGCAGUAGUAGAAGAGAAAAAUGAUGAAACGGGUGAAAUAGCUUUGGAAGGAGAUUUAGCUCAAAAUGAGUUCGCUGCUCUGCCUGUAGAAGGCUGUCUGUGUAGUGCAGGUGAAGAGCCUGUUAUCCCGUGUGCCGGUCAGGACGAGGAGGCAGAAAUAUCUGAAACGGAUGAUUCCCUUCCAAACAGUCAGGUAACUGAUGAUGGUACAGAAGCUUCAGAGGUGAAAUCUAAGCAUGGAGACCUGCCCUGUGAGCAGAUACUCAGUGAUCUUGAUACAGGUAGUUUGGCUGAAGCAUUUGUUGAAGAUGCUGCGCUGGUGCUUCCAUCUUCUCCUUCUGACUCUGGAAUUGCCUCUGAAUCAAACUUGAAGGUGCACGCAGAGGCUCCCUUCAAUGUGGUGCCUAACAGUACAGAACCUGACUCCAGCUCUGCUGAUACCUCAGGCCUCAGCUCAGCAGUACUGAUAGAGUCGGUCACGCUUGCCAAAUUCCACAUUGGAGCAGGGUUGGACAUGGUGCUACCUAGGGAAGAACAAGACUUGGAUUCUGCAUCUCUAGUUACCUCUGAGUUUAACUCACAAGAACAUUUACUAGGAGACGCAAGGUCACUGGCAGAUUCCUGUUUGAAGGCAGGCUGGGAUUUGGAAUCUGAGAAUAAAGACAUUGGUUCAAAUUCCAGUUCUGUAGCUGCCUCUGAAUCAAAUUUGCUUUUCCGUUUUGAAGGUGCAAGCUCACUUGCACAAUACCCCAUGAAACUGGUUGUGGAUUUUGUACCCAUUCACAGAGAACUUGAUUCAAAUUCAGAUUUGAGCUUUACAAAAGAGAAUUCAGAAUUUGACACAAAGAACAUAUUUAGAGUAUGUGAACCAGUCUCCAGUACCUCUUUAAACAAUAUUGAAGUAGAGGACAUUGAACAGCUUGUUAAAUGUAUUGAUGCAGAGACAUUAAUUUUGAAUUCAGGGUAUGUCCCCACUUUAUCUUCAGAUUUAGAACAAAGCACAGUUGAUAAAAUCUCUGCUGAAAGCUCUGGACAAUUCUCUGCAGGUUUUGUUUCAGAGUUGCCUUCAAGCAUGGAAAUCUCUGCUCUUGCCUCAGAAAAAGCCAUAAAUGCAGAUUUGCCAGCUGACUCAAGACUGCAGCAUAAUGAUUAUUCAUCACAGCUGGGAAGUGUUGGAGUAAGCUUGAAUUUGGUUCAGGACAACGUGAACAACAGCACUGAAGCAGUUGAGGCCUCAGGGCCAUACUCUCUUAAAAAUCCAGCUGGUGAUUACCCUCUUCCAUAUUCAUCUCUGCUCCCUAUGCUGGAGAAAAAGAAACGAAGGCGUUGUGGAGUGUGUGAGCCCUGUCUGCGGAAAACAAACUGUGAGGAAUGCAGCUGCUGCAGGAAGCGCAAAACUAGUCACCGGAUAUGUAAAAAGAGAAAAUGUGAAGAACUGAAAAAGCCACCACCACCAAUCACGCUACCUUUUGAGGUCCUAACAGAAAACAAAAGGCCUCAGAGGAGGAAGCAAAGAGUUUUAAAGGCAAAUUUAGAAAACAAAGCAGUAAAUGGCUGCAGACCAGAACUCAUGGAAUGCAGUAUAUGUGGUCAUGGUGAAAAAUACAGGGUGAAGACAAACCAAGCAGUACCCAUUGAAAAUGUGCAGUCUAAGGACAAAGACAGAAUGACUGGCUUGGAAGCAGAGAAGUGGGCACAUAACGAGAAGCCAUCCUUUGGUGUCCACGUCAACGGCGACAUCCGCGGAGCUGUGACGGGCACCGAACACUUGAAACACGCUGACCACAGUGACAGAGCCUCUCCCAGUCAGUUCGCUGAGCCAAAAAAAUCCUUGGUGCACCCCAUCAAAAAUGGCAUAAACACCCUGCAUUAUUCACCACCAGAACCAGCUGCUUCACUGGAAAAUGUAUCUGCAGAGGAAGGGACAGAUUUGACAAGCAACUCCCACAUGCAAUGGCCGAAGGGUAGCAAUCUGAAUGACAUAGUAAGCACUCUGACAAGUGGCACUGGCUGUGUUCACCCAGAAAACCAAGGGAAUGUUUUCAUGAAAGAGGAAAACUGCACCUGCAGCAUCUCUGAGUAUUCCGAUAAGUCAGUUUUGCAGACAGGUUCCAGCUUGGAUGUGCAAGAAAGCUUGUGUUGUCCUCCGCUGCCUGAAGGGGAGCUGCAGGCAGGGAAGGAUGGCUUUAAAGUACCGAAUGUGGAGACACAGCCUGCGAAUUCUGCACUCCAGCCCACUUUUCUGUCCCUGAUUAAAACCAGAAAUUUAACUCUGGAACAGGUUGUAGCCAUUGAAGCUUUAACACAGUUGUCUGAAGCUCCUUUAGAAACAAGUUCACCAGCUAAAAGUGAAAGUACUGAAUGUACAGGAGAAACAACUUCCAACUUGCUCCACAGUUUUAAAAGGGAUAUCUCAUCCUCCUUUACACCCUCUGCAUUACAAGAAAUCAAAGACACUUACUUACAGAAUGAGCAACAGCUCUUGGCUCACUGUGCUCACUCACAGAAGCAGCUCCCUAAUAAGGCAGUGUUAUACAAUGGCCAAAGUUCAGUGUCUGAACUAUGUGAUAAACCUGCCAAUCUGGAUGGGGAGAUGUAUAAAUUACAGUUACCCUCAAGAGAUACCAAAACUUCAUCUGACUUCACAUCUAAUGCAGCAUCAUUUUCAGGAUAUGAUUCCAACAAAAGUUGCGCUCACGAGCCAGUCACCCUCGCAGGAUAUUGCAAUGCUUCAUGUGAUGUCCAGCAUAUAAGGAAUAACUUGGAAGCUCCUGGUCAGUUAGAGCAAAAGCCAACGUGUAAUGAUUUGAAAUUGGAAGGUGGUUCUUUGAUUAAAGAAGGAGGAAUUCACAGCCAGGAUGAAGAGGAUGUAGCUGCACAGCUAACUCAACUGGCAGCUCUGAUUGAAUCAAACCAGACGAAUCCAGAGCAGAAGAACAACAUAAAAGCAUCACUGCUUAAUCUAAUAUCACAUGAGAGGCAGCCAAAACAUAACCAAGAUGUGUUGCAGAAAAAAGAAUCAGUGUUUUUUAGGCAAAAUUAUAGUUCCUUACUGUUAAAGCAAAAGCAAGCAACAAAUAAGAAAGGAAAUGCUGUGCCAUGGAAACCGAGACACAAAAAGAAGCCUCAAGAAGCACGCUAUCAACAAAAUAAUCAAAACCAGCUAGAACUGUUGUCAUGCCAGCAUAGUGAAUUGCAGGACAUUUGGAUAUCAUCAAAACUGCAUAAGCUUGGUCAAACCAUGCCACAAGACUCCAGGGUAGCUCCGUCUGAAAAAAAAUCUCUGAGAACCAAAGUACAGAGAGCGCUCAGUCAAAAUACUUCAGCAUCGCAAGAAAAAACUAGAUUAUUUCUUCCACAAGCACAGAUAAAAUUCCACAGGUGUUUACCUGAGGCACCGCAGGAGAAAAAAAAAGACAGGUUGUUUGGCUGUGAAGUGGUGAAUGAGCAAAUGAAAACUGUGGGCUCCAGCGACCCACUAGGCGCUGAUCCACUGAAAAAUGAAGUUGUUGCACGUAGCCAACACAGCGACCUGUCCUCCCGUAAUCCUCUGGCUGGUUCUCAGCUGAAAGCAGCAUCCUUGUUGAAAAGACCAACUGAAAACCUACAGAUGUUUACAGAAAAAUGUAAUUCUCAGGUACAGCAAACAGCAAAUGUCAGUCAGGCACAUCCUUUGCCACCAACUUUUAACCGGUCUAACCUGAGAGCUAAUGAAAUGUGUAGUGAAAACAAAGCCUAUGUUCAGCAGGUCAAACAACAGGUAGAUCCGAAGUCCCAGGUGCUGCCUGUUCCCUGUGGUGGGGCCCAGGUACCAGGUUCUGCAGAAGCUCUCAGGAAUAUGGAGUGUGUGGGUGAGGUGACUGUUCUGACAUCAACCAGAUUGGGUACUGACCACGCCCAGAGCACAGGCGACUCAGGGUGUUCCCCAGCAAAAAACACGCUCAGCAGUUUCCUUGAAUCACCUAUGAAGUUUCUUGAUACCCCUACAAAAAAUUUAAUAGACACACCUACCAAAAAAGGACAAUCUGAGUUGCCAACUUGUGACUGUGUUGAGCAAAUUAUAGAAAAAGAUGAAGGGCCCUAUUACACACACCUCGGGACAGGACCAAGUGUUGCUGCUGUGAGAGAAAUUAUGGAGAACAGGUAUGGAGCAAAAGGAAGUGCUGUAAGAAUUGAGGUGGUGGUUUAUACAGGAAAGGAAGGAAAAAGCUCUCAGGGGUGUCCAAUUGCCAAGUGGGUGAUCCGGAGAAGCAGCGAUGAGGAGAAGUUGCUGUGCUUGGUCCGUCAGCGCGCGGGGCACCACUGCCAGACGGCCGUGAUCGUGAUCCUGAUCCUGGCCUGGGAGGGCAUCCCGCACCUCCUGGCCGACACGCUGUACAAGGAGCUGACCCAGAGCCUGCGCAAGUACGGCUGUCCCACGAGCCGCCGCUGCGCCCUCAACGAAGAUCGUACUUGUGCAUGUCAAGGACUUGACCCAGAAACUUGUGGAGCAUCAUUCUCAUUUGGCUGUUCAUGGAGUAUGUAUUUCAAUGGCUGUAAGUUUGCCAGGAGCAAAAACCCCAGGAAAUUUAGGCUUCUCACUGAUGACCCUAAACAAGAGGAACUUCUUGAAAAUAAUUUGCAAACGUUAGCUACUGAUGUGGCUCCGGUUUAUAAGAAGCUUGCUCCAGAAGCUUUCCAGAACCAGGUGGAGAACGAGCACAUGGGCCCCGACUGCCGGCUGGGCUGCAAGGACGGCCGGCCCUUCUCCGGGGUCACGGCGUGCAUCGAUUUCUGUGCCCACGCCCACAAGGACACCCACAACAUGCACAACGGCAGCACUGUGGUCUGUACCUUAACCAAGGAGGACAACCGGAGAGUGGGGGUGAUUCCGAGCGACGAGCAGCUGCAUGUGCUGCCUCUCUACAAAAUCUCCCAAACAGAUGAGUUUGGCACUGAAGAGGGCCUGGAAGCCAAGAUCAAAGCCGGCGCCAUACAGGUGCUCACAGCGUUCCCCAGAGAAGUGCGGAUGUUGGCAGAGCCUCUCAGAGCUACCAAGAAAAAGAAACCAGACACAAGGAGGACCCCGACUGAAAAGCAGCCAUUAAUAGAUAAAAAAUAUUCAACACCAGUAAAACUGAAAACUGAAGCCCCAGAAAAUCUUGGCAACACUUUGCAUUGUUUAGGGAACAAAACAGAUGCUUUAAAACCUGGAAUAAAAAUGGAGACUUCCAGCCACCUUUAUGCCAUGAAACAUACUUCAAACACUACUAAAAAUUGCUCUUUAUUAAAGCAGUACACGCCUUCCUCCCCCUUUAAGGUGGAUAGUUUACAUCCUUAUCCAUCUCUCGCACAUAAGUCUGGCCUAACUGCGGUGACUAAUAUUCAGCAAGAUUUUUCAGUUCCCUACGGGUAUUUUGAAUGCAGUACCAAGCAACCUCACGUGACACCUUAUGUUAAUUGCAAGAGCUUUGAUGUGUCAGUCAAAGAUUAUACUGGAAUUCUGCUGAACGAUAAGGUGAACGGCGUGCCACCCAUUCUUCCUGAGGUCACUGCUCCAGGCCCCCCAGCCCACAAAGAGCCCCUGCCCACUGUACUUGAACAGCAGCCAGACAAACAGAACUGUCAACUUCAGUUGGACAGUUCUCCCUCCUCAGAGAUGAUCAGCUCUUGUGACUCGUCAGUCCCGCUAAGCUCUUUGGCGAAGGAUGCCGUCGGAACCGCAGCCGACUGUUCCCGUGGAUGCCCGGUGGAAAAGGGCAGCUCCCAUCCAGGACAGAUCUGUGACUUUGACUGUGCUGAUGAAAAGCAGAACAGUGCACUGGGACAGCCGGCUGAUUCUGAAGAAAAGGCUGAGGAAUUGUGGUCAGACAGCGAGCACAAUUUUUUGGAUGAUGACAUUGGUGGGGUUGCUGUGGCACCUUCUCAUGGUUCUAUCUUAAUUGAAUGUGCAAGACGCGAGCUCCACGCUACCACACCAAUUAAAAAACCCAACCGUAAUCAUCCCACAAGAAUUUCUUUAGUUUUUUACCAACACAAAAAUUUAAAUGAGCCAAAACAUGGCUUAGCCAUGUGGGAAGCAAAGAUGGCUGAGAGGGCGAGAGAAAAAGAAAAAGAAGCGGAACGAUUAGGAACAGAGAAUCCUGAACUGAACUCUAGCAACAGAAAAGCAAAGCAACCAAGUGAAAACAGAGAUAUUUUUUAUGAAGACAACGAGUUCAACCAAAUUCCAUCCCGCAGAGCGUUAACAGUAACCAAGGAUAACGUGAUCACAGUAUCUUCGUACGCCCUGACACGAGUGGCAGGGCCCUACAACCACUGGGCGUAGGUGUCCUGUGCAGGGCCCCUCCCACUGCAGUCACAUGGUGUUUCCUUAAGGUGCUGUUAAAGAACAAGUCUCCUGUCGUUUACUAUUUGCUCAUCUCAACCAUUUUAAGGCUGAGGUAAAAACAAAAGGGGGGGGAUUUCUUCUUAAACUGUGACUUUAACAUUUGGUGGUGCUCAAGCACAUUUUAAGCAAAAAAAAAAAGUGUAUAGUUUUAAUACAUUCUAAAGAAAGAUUUUGUUUAGGUUAUUAACCUUGAUUGAAUCAUUCAGUUUAUUACCUUUAGGAAUUUAUAUUUUGGUGCUUUAAAUCGUCUGUUUACUACAAAAAUCAUUUAUAGCUAUUUUAACAGGUUCACAUUUUAUGGUGUUAAAUCAAGUUAUACAGUUACAGCUCUACACAGCUCUUGGUGCUUAACCACAUCAAACAGUUAAAAAUAAAUAAGCUGAAUUAUUACUUCAUGGUGCCAUUGCUUUGACAACUUCCAACCAUUGCUAUAUAGUCCAAAUCACAGACAAAUCUUUCAGAAAACCAAUUAAUUUUGUUCUUUAGAUUCGUCAGUAGAAUGAGGUUAUUGGUAAUGAUGGCUGGAAGUUGUUUCUAAGCUGUAAAUAUAUAUUUUAAAAGCACUUUCUAUUUUUAAAAUUAACUUGAAAUAGUAUAGUAUAAGGAUCAUAUUGUCUAAGGUUUGUGCAUACUCUACAGAAGAAAUGAUUUUGUUCUUGCUGUGCAGAGUUCCAUGGUGUUACAGCUGCAGGAUGUAUGCUGAUAGCAUAUGUGGUUGUUUUUAAUUUGCCCUUUUUCACUGAAGAUUUUAUGUUGCAUAUAAACAAACAGUUAUGAAUUAUAGAACCUUUUUAUUCUUUUUCAAGAGAGUGUACAAUCAUGAAAGAGGAGAUGUCUGGUCAAUGCAUGUGUUGCUAUUGGGAGUUAUGAAUACUAUCUGUUUUUUUUUAAGGCAGCAUUUGUUAUGGUUUCUUUGAGCAAUAAGUGCAUCAGUCUCGUUUGUUUUCAGCAUUCUAAGUUAACAUGGCAACCAAAUGUUCCUAAUGCCUCAGGGGUAGGAUUGUUUUGGGAUAAAAAGUUACCCCCUAGAGUUGCCUUAUUCUAUUCUGACAGAAAAAAACAAUUUGAGAAAAAUACAAAGGAAGUGUUGGAAAACAAUCAAUAUCAAAUUUCUAAUAUUUAGCAGCAAAGUUUUUGUUAAGAAUAACCUAUCUGUAAUAUUCACCAACUUUGAGUUCAGUAUUUUUACAAAAAUGUUUUGUAAAUGUUGGAAGCAAUUUAUACAUUUUACAUGGAAAAGGUUGUAUCCUUCCUUGAAAUUUAUGUUCUUCAUUUCUGUUGAGAAAGUGACAUAUAAUGAAAUGAAAUUUACUAAACCAGAGGAAAAACAGACACUCCAUUGCUUUUAAAUACUGUAGCAUCCCACUCUUCUUUCUGAUUCUCCUCUCCUAUGUAUCUCUUGUUUAAACUUAUUUAUUUAAACAAAUUACCAAAUGACAUUAGCUAAGGACUGACCUCAUCCUGCAACUUCUUCCAUGUGAGCCGGCUGGAGGCAGGAGGAGUGACCCCAGGACUCCCUGGUGCUGGAUCAGGCCCACAGACAAAGCUGUCCCCUCCUCUGCCUGAACCUGUAGGCAGAACGAAGUCACUUUUUCAGUGUGAAAACAUACUAAUAAUAUACUUGAUAAUAUUAUACUGUAGUGGUGCUGUAUAGAGGAAUAUGAACUAUCUGGAUCUGCUUUAUUUAAAGACAAGGUGCUUUUUCCUUGAGGAGCUGAAGUGCAAGAACUCCAUUUCCAGUUUGGUACGAAAAAUACAUCAGUGGUGUUUGGAACACACAGAGCCAGUCAGGACCUUGGUGCUACAAAUCCUUUGGUGCGGCUGUAGAUCCAGGAGACUCUUCUGGAGCCAGGUCUGAAGUAGCAAUCGCUAUGUAAUGAUCCUGGGUUCAGUUCUGCAGAUUCCUGUUCAAAUUGACAAAGCUAUUCAUGGCAGAGGAUGGAGGAAUUGAACCAGUUCUUUGUAUCUUACCUAUUUUAAGUAAAACCUGUAAAAACCGGGUAUGCUGCAAGUUUUAGUUCAAAGCUUAAUAUUAGUUCAAAUAGAGGAUAUGAAGGGAUUGUAAAUAAUGAUGAAACAGAACCAAUAUUAUGCCAUUGUUUUGUACCAGCAGUUUUAUGCUUAUUGACUAUGUAAUAUACAGUAUACAUCAAAUCAUUAUGGUAUUUUGUGUGCCUUAGAUUUCCAUUUUAAAACUUGUAUAUUUUUGGUGAGCCGAAGAUUAGUUGGAAUUGCAGCUGUCCAUACAGUCAGUAGUACUGUACAUUCCAUAGCUGUUCCAGUCACGUACUUGUCCCACCAUAUAGAGAUUCAUUUACUGGUUUCACUGAUAGCCCUGACAGCUUCAGUUUCUGUAAUGCUGUAAUUCGGCACUCUCACGUGACAAAUUUUCUACACAAAAUUGGUAAGCUACAGAGCCAUCUCUACCUUUUAAAAUGUUCAUACCAUUAAAGUGGAUAAUUUUUACUUGAAUCUUCUCGUACAAAUGCCCACAUUUAACUUACUGGAAACUUCAGAUAAAAAUGUUGCAUUGAAAAACCAGCAGCUUCCCUCUAAGAAGUGAGGCACUGAAAGGUGGAGCUAAAAUGAUCCCUUCAAACAGGUAGCCCAGGUCUACCUUUUUUUGAAAUGGCAAUUCUAACAAAGAAAUAUGUAUCUUAACAUAAUUAAUACUAUUAACUGAUAGGUGCUAAACUCACAGUCACUACUUCAUUAAUAUUACUUACAUGAGAGAAAUAUGUCAUCUCUACAAUAACAUAUCACCCACGGUGCUCCUUCCUUGGCUGUCUUUCACCUAAACUGCUUUUUCAACAUGUCCUACCAGGCAGGUUGGCCACUUCCACUUCCUGCUGGACAUGCAGUGGGUUGUGAUUUGAGAAGCUGAUCCUUUCUGUUGCCUGUGCUGCAGUAUAGAAAAUGCAAAUAUGUACUGCUUUUACAACUCUGUGCUAUUUCUUGUAACACUUCAGGAUAUUUAUCAGUCUUGUACACAAAUUGCAUUGUUUUCAGUAAGGUUAUCAUUUUAUAACAGUGUUUGUCUCUUAAAAACUUCAACUCUGUGGGUCUGUUCUUUCCUUUGCAGCCCACACAACCACUUGUAAUUUGCUCUUAGGUUUUAAACCAAGUCCUUCUUGGAUAGCCAGACUAGGAGCUGGAUCAAAAAUUAAGGUAGCUGGCUGGGUCAGACCUGCAUGUUUUAUUUGGUUUCCAUCAGCUGGCACAAUGUUCUGGGUAAAAAAACAGCACAUUGAGGUGUGGGCUGGCAGUGGGGUGUGCUUGUCUUUGGGUCAGUUUUUACAGUAUGCCAGGAAAGACUGUCAUGAUCCAACAUAGGACACCUCUGACUUCCCAGGAGAAUUGUGUCUCAUCCCUUUGUCCACUGGGUCCAGUACCACGACUCCACCUCCUCUGGGAGGGGAGGAGCAGGGCUUGUCGCAGGACCAGGUCUGUGUGACUCCCUGGGGAGUCACUGCAGUUGUGUCCAAUUAAACAGUGAAUUUACUGAUUUUUCACAUGCUAGUGUAUUGCAGGAAAUAGAAAGAAAUAUUUCUAUAAAUACUUUAGUCACAAGAUCCAAGAAGCUUUUUAAGUACUUAAAAAUACUUUCAGCUUCCAACCUGUAACAGUUGUAUUCAGAUUUGUUUAAGGACUUUCUAAGAAUUUUAACUGCUGGUGAAAGUCCUUGUGUUACCUAUGACAGUGUUCCUCUAGAUGUAGAACAGGAAAUAACUGUAGUAUCUUGAUCAACCUUUUAUGUUAAGCAUGGGUAAAUGACAACUUGUCUAGUACUUAAGAUUCUUUCUAGCAUACAACUGUGUGGGGCUUUUUAAAGACCUUUUUAAUUUCAUUGCAGCAUUAACUGAAUAUGGUGGAUUAAAUUUGGGUUCACGCUGCUGCAGCCCUGCUGACUCCAAAGGGCUCAUUCAUCAAGUUUUCCUGCAAUUUCCGUAUUUAGUUGGAUGGAUAUGGACAACAGUUGACCAAAAUUUGUGCCAACUCAGAGGUCAAUCUUGCUCUUUCACUUCCCAUGCAGUUCUCUAAUGUUGAAAUUAACUCCAUUUAUCAAGCGGUCAUCAGCUUUGUAAUCCAUUUCUAUAUCUGGUUGUUUCUUUUCCAUAGAAAUCCUGUCAUUUCUAGGCUAUCAGAAGGAAACUGCUGAAACUGCUGUGGUCUCUGAUACAUGACAACUCAAUUGCAUGGCCACUUCCAUGCUUUGUGAAUGUCAACACCAGUCACAUUCAGGCAGUGUGGGACAAACUCUUUCUGGCUUAUUGUGGUCACAGAAAUUCAGAUUAGGGUCUUUGUGAUGUCUGCUCCUUAAAAUUGAGGUUUAUUUCUUGUGUGGAAGCUGUCUGCCAAGCUGUGAGCUGUGAUGCUCUGCUCUUCAAUAGCAAUUAGAGAUGAGGAGCAGUCCAAUCACUUUUGGGAAUUCCUGCUUUAUCAGAUCUUGAUCCAACUUGCAGGAGGAGGAAGUGUGGAGGGAAUGUCUUUCAACUGAUUAUUGUGACACCACGGUACUGCACUGCAACAUCUGUGUCACAGCACUGCUCUAACCAGUGAGAUGUUUCAUUGUGGGUAUUAUGUACAAAUUCAGCUCUUUCCACAGUUCCUCCACAGGCAGAAAUCUCUCCUUUGGUCUCUGCCUGCAUCAUCGGGUUUAAAAAAAUACCAAAGGAGGGAGAGAGUUGGCCCCCAUUGUCGACAGACACAGACAAAGCAGCAAGUGCUGCUGUCAUGGCCAGCCUGCUGCCCUUUGCCACCAUCCAGACAGAGAGUACAGAAAGCUGAUGGGAUGCUGGUUGGACUCGAUGGUCUUUAAGGUCUUUUCCAGCCUUAGUGAUUCUCUGCACAGCAUAAGUAAAUCACGGGCAGAGUUGUGAAGGUACAAUUGGUUUUUGAGUCAACUUUCUAUGUACGUGUAGUUGCCAUGGUACUUCUUUAUACUAACACUUCUUUUGGGCCAUCUGACUUUAAAUUCAGUAGCUUAUUUUAUUUAGUCUGUGACACACUUACAUUCUUCUUGAAUCUAAAACAGAGUGACCAGUGUCAAAAGUCUAGAGGAUAUGGCUACUUACUCUUAACAAUUCAGGAAGUGGUUUCAGUCUCUUCUGGGAUUAGCUGAUGUUUAGUCAGUCUUCACAAGUUGUCUAUAUUCUGCUUUAGGAUGUUGCUACAAAAUUACAUUAAGGAAGGAGUUUUACAUUCAGGGUUUCCUGAAAGACCAAGGAUUUCUAAUAGUAGAACCUGAUCAGGCUCUGGAUACAUACGGAUCACUUCCUCUGAGGAGUGGUUGAAUAUAUGCUGUGUUUAUUACUUCCCUGUUAAAACCUUUUUGGUUCUUUUAGAGAACAGGCAAAACUUUUUAAUACUGUCACAUACUUGACUAAAUUAUGAAGACUUAGUUCUACGUGAUGUUGUGUUGUCUCCCUGAAAAACACUUAAUAGUGUUGAGUCGGUAUCAAUAGUGUUGAUUAGUAGGUAUCACUUUCUGCUCUGUACAGGUGACACUGGAUACUCUGGCCACCUUUCUCUGUGGUCUUUCUGGACCAUCAGAUGUGGUCAGUUAGUGCUGGCUCACUUUGUCACCUGCUGCUGGAUGCUUUCAAUGCUUGUAACUACCCCAGAAGUUUUUCCCUUCGCAGAUCUGCUUCAGCACUGGGCAUGAGCAGCACUGAUGCUGUCAGCCUGCCCGUGAGCCCCCUGCACUCUGUCCUGCUUGUUGUGGAAAUCGGCCAGCUCCAUCUCAGCAAUGUCAUAUGAGGCUGUUCUCUUUGGGAUGCUCCCCCUAAAAUCCAGUUAUUCCAGUCACCUGGAACAGGCUGCCCAGAGAGCUUGUGGAUGUGCCCCAUCCCUGGAAGUGUCCCAGGCCAGGUUGGACAGGGCUUGAAGUAAUCUGGUGCAGUGGAAGGGCAAUGGAAAGAGGUGAGCUUUAAGGUCCCUUCCGACCCAAACCAGUCUGAUUCCUUGAUUUUAUAUUCUAUGUGUGACAGUUCUAGGGCUUUUACUUCUGUUUUUCUCAUACAGAGCCUAGAAUAUUACAGGUGGGAUUUUUUAAAAGUCCAGUAGAGAGGAACAAUUUAUAAUCUUUCACAAUCACUGUUUCCUUACUUUUUUUUAAUCAAAUAAUCAGUUUUCCAGUUAAUUUUCAGAUUUUUUGAUGUAGUUGUUACAAUCUGUUCUUGUAUCUGCAAGUAGCCAAACAAAAGAGACUUUGCAAGACUAGAAAACCAUCAUCCCCUGAGAAGAAGUCAUUCCUUCUCAGAGUACAGGAUUUUUUCAUGUUGGUUGCAUCUCUGUGUCCUGUUGUCUUUUGAGUCACUUUUAACAGCUCUGCUCCAUUCCUGACAUCAGACAGCUGCUGCAGCCCCUGUAUGAUUGCAAGAGCAGGAGUGUUUCUUUACAUCUUCUUUACAUCUUAGAUCAGUCUUUGUGAGAUAUCCAAGUAUUAUGUAUGUUAAAUGCCUGAACUAACAUAGGACUGCUUGGAAAAAAGAUGAUCUUCCUCUGUGGCAAAAAAUAGAAUUUGAAGGUGCUUGAGAGGAAAAUAAUUAAGGUGGUUACUGCCUUUUAUUAAAGGGUAUUCAGGUGUCAGCAUUGCUGUUUCUUUGUCUUUCUGAGAAUCAAGAUUUUAGGAUUUUUUCCAAUCCAGUUCCCCAGUUCACCAUCCCAACAAUUGCUCAUGGUGCUUAGCCAUGUACUGCUAAGCUUCAGUUUUAAAAGAUACAAGAUGCUUCUUGGUGCUGUGUCCUUAAUUCCUCCAGACAGUGUAUUUUCCUUUCUUCUGCUGGGCCAUUAUAUGUGGCAUUUUUCCACACACACUUCUAUUCAAAUGCCAGUAUCUUCCAACAGCAUACUUGCAGUGAAUGCAGGACUGGGGUGCUAAAUAACUGAAGGUGACUUGCUUUGGUGUGACUGACCAACGGUGCUUUUUCCAACACUUUGCACACCUUACAGACGUUUCUCACAAAGUCACAGAGCGCAGGUGUACACCUCAAACACUGCAUAUGUAAGGAGGACAGGUUUGGCACUUAAACUACAGAGUUACCAGUUAGAGCAGAUGAACUGUGUUCCAAAGAAGUGCUGUUGCACUGGAGCCAGGGAACUGCUAAUUUUGAUGUUCAGUAGUGCAGUUGUUGUCACAGAACAUUUUAAUGCUGUCGUGGAAAGUUUUGUGACCUGAUCAAUAUUUUACAUGUAUAUCUGUAUUUUUAUUAUAUUGUAAUGGAAAAAGGGUCUAGGGUUUGGGAGUUGUCUUAAAGUAGGAAUGGAGGCCCUGAUUCUCAUUUCUACUACUGUCCAUUGCAUUGGAAGGAUAAAGGAGCCUUAAAUGGAUGUCACUUUAGCUUACAUCCUUUGGAGUAUCCCAUCACCCUGAUCGGAGUAUAAAAGGUCAGUAGUAUAAAUAAAAACAGUUAUCAAAUGACUGAUUUGUACAAUCCUCUGAAAUCAAUUUCAUGGUAUCCUUGCUGUGCACAUACUGGCCAGUAACAUGCAGACUGCUCUUAGUUUAGAAAUACAGGUUGAAAAGAGACCUGCUUCGGUUUUACCAGGUUUUAAUUAUUUGCUUAUAUUGGCUGUCCUUUGCCCAACACCGUCUACAAAGACAAUGUGGUAAAAGAUUUGUACCUCUAGGUAAUGGCCAGCCCAGAAAUCUCAAAAUUAACAAAAAUGCUAUUUUUAUGGUAGCUCUUCUUAAAAUACUUGCUACCCUUUAUCAUAACGUGGAUCCCUUUUACUUGAUGAUAUAAACUGGGGUUGUGACAAUCUACUGAGCUCCCUUCUGUCCUGACUUCACACCCAGCAGAGUGUGCAGUGUUGUGUGCUGUUGUCACACUGGUGAGUUUGGGGACACAAAGUUAAAGCCAACACCUUCUGCCUUCCCUGACUGUGGUGCUACUUGCCAGGGAAAACCCUGGCGUUGCUCUGCAUGCCUGAGUCCUGCAGAGCUCCCCUUGCUGCCCAUGGAAGUUUUAUGUAAACAACAGCCCCACUUCAUUGCAGUUAUGCAAUGCAAACUUCUCGUUCAAAAAAAGUUUGAGGAGAAGGAAAUAUUCUUUCCUUCUUAAAUUUUUACACUGCAGUCAUACUGCAGAGCAUAAUGAGAACAGAUUUUGUACCAACUUUGUGAAUGCCUCUCUAAUCAUGCAACUCAAAAGGCAGCAGCUGAACUUCAUGAAGUUCUUGUCCUCUAAAUGAAAAAAUAAUUGUAGUCAAGAAGAACAAAUGGGAUAUCCCAGUACUGCUAAAAGAAAGCCAGUUCUAACCAAUGCAAACAUUCAUACAUGUCAGUCUUUACCAGUGAAUUAUUCUACAAUUAUUUGUUCCAUUUGGAAGAGACAGCUCUUCAUAAUGUGACAAUAUCAUGCCAGGUCACAAGUACUGAUCAGAAUUUGCUGUCAUUAAGAAAGAACGUAAAUAUGUAAGGACAUACUGUACUGAAAUGCAGUGGCUAAUGAAUUCCUCCCUGCUUCAGGAAGAUAAAAGAUUAACAAUAUACCAAAGCAAAAGAAAAAAAAGGUCAUGGUUUGGUUUUUUUUUUUUUUCCCUUCUCUCUUUCUUCUUUUCAAUCUUUCUUUCCUUGGGAUGCAUUUGAUAUUUAUUUUUCAACUUUGAAUUUGAGGUUUUAUUCCCAGUUACCAACAUACUGUAUUGAAACCUGGAACAUAAAACUAACAUUUUUAAGCAAAAGAUGACGUACAGGGAGAAAAAAAAAUCAGAAAGAAAAAGCACUUCAUUAUGUCACAGUAUUUACAGGAGAAAGUGUAAAAAUUACUUCUUUUCUCAAAAAAAAAAAAAAAAAAAGAAAAAACAUUUGGGGCCUGAUUCUUUCCUAGUGUAACUGAGCAUAGCUCCCUGAGGCUGGUGGAGCUGGGCAGAGUUAUGCUAGCUGAGAAACUGAACCUUAAAAUCUUCUUUGCAGACAAGGGAACCCUUACCAGCAGUACUUGAAGACUUGUGAGUUGUGACUGCAUGUUACUUGAAAGAUCUAAUUAAGCUAUGUUUUUUGGUGCAAGCAGUUGUUGUACAUGAUUUCAUGUUUAUGUAGCAAGAUGCAUUGAAAUGUUGAUACUAGUAUUGAAACAUACAUGUAAAAAUUGUCGUUGUGGAAAUUGUCUGUUCUGUUCUAUUUUUCUUGUGUGUCUCAUCUGUUUAGAACGUAAACUUUCUUUUUUUUUUUUUAUUGUCCUAACUGAAUAAGGCUAAAUGAAUACUGUAAUUGAAAAUAUAUUUUAAAUCUUGUCAUGAGUUUUUAAAAAGACUAUUACAAAUUGUAUCAUUCCUGAUUACACAGAACUUUGUGGGUGGUUUUAAAUAAAUUUUAUACUUCUAUUUUGCA